CCGGUUCCUCCUCACUCAGUCUCUUACCGCCACGAUGAGUCUACAAAGACUCUCAGCGUCUACAUAUUGCAUCUCCGUUAAAUUUUCUCGAGUCUUAUCAGCAGGUCUCAACGAGCUUCUCCAUGGAAACCUAACAUCAUCGACGAUUCCUUUUGCGCCAUCGUCAUCCCAUGGCCAGUGACCACUGGGUGCAGCUAUUCCUGGACGAUAACUAAAACGGCAGGAAAAUGGUGCAACUAUCACCUCAUCUCGUUUCUCGGGCUUGCCUCAGGUCCCUUCUGAGCACGAGACUAUCGUCUUUUUCUCACCCAUUUAAAAAUGUACACGAACCAGCUUGGUAGCCCAUCUCCCAAUGCCUGCUCCAAUCCACCAGAAACCCCCACUAGAACCAUACCCAAUUCCCCCACCAACACAAGCAUCCCUCGACUGGGCCCCGCUCGCCAUCAUCGACCUCUCCAAAUUCGAAGAACCCAACGGUAAACACGACCUCGCGGCUGAACUCAAAGAUGCAGUGAAACACUGGGGUUUUUGGACCAUAGUGGGUAGUGGUUUCACCCAGGAGGAGCUGGACCGCCAGCUUGCUAUUGGGAAUACGUUCUUCAAGCUCCCGCUUGAGGAGAAGAGGAAGUUCGCUUGUGAUUUCUCGGUUGGGAACUACUUUGGGUACAGAGAGCCAACGCGGUUCAUCAGUCGUACGGAUGUUAAAGAGAAUAUGGAAAUGCUGAAUGUGCCCAAGUUCACGUCAGACUAUGCUAGCAUCCCUCAGCAUCAGCUCAUCAAAUCUUAUCACGACGAGAUUGCCAAGUUCCAUCGGAGAGUAUGGGACGACGUCAUCCGGAAACUGUUUGUCCUGUUCGCGAUAAUAUUGGAACUGCCGGAGAAUUACUUUGUCGAUCGUCAUAGUUAUGAGGCGCCGUCAGAAGAUCAUCUUCGCUAUGUUGUUGAAGAUGAUAAGAAGAUUUCAGACCAAUGGACUGCUGGACAUACAGACUUUGGCUCUCUUACCCUUCUCUUCUCGCAGCCCGUUGCAGCCCUCCAAGUCAAGGAUCCCAAUAACGAGUGGAAAUGGGUCAAGUAUGUCCCAGGGGGCAUAACCUGCAACGCUGCCGACACACUGUCAUUCCUAACCAAGGGAUACAUAAAGAGUACCAUCCACCGUGUCGUCCGUCCACCUCCCGACCAAACGCAUCUUGAACGUCUCGGGCUCUUCUACUUUGCACGACCGGGUAAUGACGUACCGAUGGUCCCCGCUCCGAGUCCUGUGCUCUUCCGCGAAGAGUUGAUGACUGAAAAUGAAACAAAGGUCACUGAGGAUUCGGUCAGUGGGUAUGAGUAUGUUCGUGCGAGAGUGAAGAAUGUGCAUGACCGGAAGGCGACACGUAUUGCUGAGAAUAACCCGGAUGCGAUGUUCCAGGUCAAGAACCUGACGGUGCAGGACUAUUACGUCUGA